UCAUUCGUUUUUGUUCGUUACAAGAUAUCUCUGCACAAACUCCUCUUCUGCUCUAAUAGUAAUACUCAGCUCUCUCGUAGCUUUCAAUCAUCAAUCGUGUGUUACCCAACCAAAUCCCUAAGCUUCCCCAGUUCCAGUUCGUCUUUCAGCGGUAAUGGCAACGGCGGCUUCAGCCACCGUCUUUGUUUCCCGCCUUCCUUCCACCACUGCCAACGUCACUCGCUGCUCCGCUCUUCCCUAUCUCCCUCCUCGCCUCUCCACCACUUCUCUCUCCCCUUCUCUCAAGCACUUCUCAGAGUCCCGGAAAUCUUUCCUGCUUCAGACCAGGGCAUCUUCAGACGACACGUCUAGUCCUGUAGAUGCCAACGAGCUAUUCACGGAUUUGAAGGAGAAGUGGGAUGCUGUUGAAAACAAGAGUACAGUACUUCUUUAUGGCGGGGGAGCUAUAGUCGCUGUCUGGCUGUCUUCCAUUCUCGUGGGCGCCAUCAACUCGGUCCCCUUGCUUCCAAAGAUUAUGGAGUUGGUAGGGCUAGGAUACACUGGCUGGUUUGUCUACCGGUACCUCCUAUUUAAGUCUAGCAGAAAGGAACUAGCCACGGACAUUGAGGCACUGAAGAAGAAGAUUGCUGGAACUGAAUAAACUGUAUCAGUGGUGCAAUGAAAUCAUCUUGUGUUUUUGUUUCACUGUAUCUCCAUGUAUAAGAGUCAUUUGUUCUAUCCUCUGAUAUAGAGUAGAAUCCCUCUCAAUCUCAACCACAUGUAUCAUCACCCCGCUUCAUUGUUGAAUGACAUAAUGUUGCAGAUUUAAUACGCAUGGCAAUGGUGUUAACUGGUAACUGAGGAGUUAA